AUUGAGUCGGAUGGUGAUGAUUAUGGCUGGGGAGUGGUGAUCAAUUUGAAGAAGCGUCAGCGCAAAGACUGCGUCUCUGCAUUGGAGACUUUCUAUGUUCUUGAUUGUCUCCUGGCUACUCGGACCAAUAAGAACACAAAUGGUGUAGAUGACGUCCCAUCCACUUCAGCACCAAAGUCGGCCGAAAUCCUUCCCGUUCGAUUGGACUGCGUAUGCGGUAUCAGCGCAGUGCGAUUGAUGGUCCCUCAGGAUCUGCGGUCACCAGAAGCUCGUAGCCUCCUCUACACCUCCAUAGAUAAAGUCAAGACGAAACUUGGCGUUGCCGAUUUGCCCAGUCUCGACCCAGUGAAGGAUAUGCACAUCACUGAUGCCAAGUUUAAGGAGAUCACUGAGAAGGUGCGCCUUUUCGAGCAGCGUCUUGAAGCCCACCACCUUCAUAAAUCUCCCCGUUUACCCGAACUUUUGGGUGCCUACGAGCGACGCGAGGCCCAGCGGCGUCGCAUUGACGAGGUGAAGCGCAGCCUCACACAGAAGGUCUCCCUCAUCCAAAUGGAUGAUUUAGUGGGUCGGAAACGAGUCCUUCGGCGACUGGGUUUUUGCAACGAGCAUGACGUCAUUGAACUGAAGGGUCGAGUGGCCUGUGAGAUCACAUCAGCAGAUGAGUUGGUACUCACAGAACUCCUCUUUGAGGGCACCUUUAAUCGUCUGUCGGCUGAGCAGGUCGCUUCCCUUCUCUCUUGCUUUGUUUUCGAUGAGCGUGGCUCCGAAAUGCCCAAACUCUCGGCCGAGAUGGCUGAUGCCCUUCGCACUUUGCAGGUGGGUCAUCCUCACUUAAUGUGGUGUUAG